UAACAGGCUCCAUCUUAUAAAGGUGGCUUAACAUUGGGGGCUGUUCAUAGGAAAACCAUUUGCUUGAGAGUCAAAGGGAUUGCCAUAUAUGUAUAUGAUAAGCCUAUUAGAGAAGUGAGCAGAGAUAUCACUAUCUGCCCUUCACUAAAAUAAAUGUCGCCGGAAAUCAUAUAAGUAGCGUCAAAAUCUUGCUACGAUCAUCCCCGCAUUUCCAUCAUGUCCUUUAACGCAACCACUCCGUGGCUCGAUACCGGUGACAAUGCUUGGCAGUUGACCGCGGCCAGUUUGGUCGGUCUGCAAAGUGUUCCAGGUCUCAUUAUCCUCUAUGCUGGCCAAGUCAAGAAGAAGUGGGCCAUUAAUUCCGCUUUCAUGGCACUUUAUGCAUUUGCUUCUGUACUCGUCACUUGGGUAGUCUGGGGUUAUAAGAUGUCAUUUGGUGAGCAGAUGUUGCCUCUGGUCGGCAAACCGCAACCUAUCUUAUCCAUGGACGGUCUGCUCGGGCAAUCCACACUGCCUACAGCUAACUUAACUCAGAACUUCCCGACGGCUACCAUGGUAUACUUCCAGUUCGUUUUUGCCGCCAUCACGCUUAUUAUUAUGGCUGGUGCCUUCUUGGGCCGUAUGAGCUUCACAGCCUGGAUGGCCUUCGUACCACUAUGGUUGACUUUCUCCUAUACCAUUGGCGCCUUCUCGCUUUGGGGCGGUGGUUUCUUAUUCCAAAUGGGAGUUAUUGACUACUCUGGCGGAUAUGUCAUUCAUCUCUCCUCCGGCACCGCUGGAUUUGUUGGUGCUUGGUGGAUCGGCCCUCGUUUAGCCAAGGACCGUGAUAACUUCCAGCCAAACAAUAUCCUCAUGAUGCUAGCUGGCGCUGGUAUUCUGUGGAUUGGUUGGAAUGGUUUCAAUGGUGGAGAUCCCUAUGCCGCAAGUGCCGACGCGGGUGCUGCUGUUCUCAACACCAAUCUUUGUACUGCCGUCAGUUUACUUGUCUGGAUGAUUUUGGAUAUGAUCAAAUACAAGAAGCCUUCCAUCAUCGGCGCAAUUCAAGGCAUGAUCACUGGUUUGGUUGCCAUUACCCCUGCUGCUGGUGUCAUUGCCGGCUGGGGUGCUAUCGUCAUGGGAGUGUGCUCCGGUGCUAUUCCUUGGUUGAGCAUGAAUUACCUUGGUAGAACUGCUUUCUUCCGCAAGGUGGAUGACUGCCUUGGCGUCUUCCAUACCCACGCCGUUGCUGGUGUCGUUGGUGGCUUCAUGACUGGUAUCUUAGCUACCAAGGACGGAUGCGCAGCUUUCGGUAUUACCAACCCUGGAGGUGCCAUCGAAGGUAACGGCAAACAAGUCUGGUUGCAAAUCGUCGGUGCCUUGUUUAUCAUAGGUUGGAACAUCGUGUGGACCUCUCUCAUCAUGUUCGGUAUAAAUUUAGUCUUGCCUUUGCGAAUGAAGGAAGACUUGUUGAUGAUCGGCGAUGAUGCCGUUCACGGCGAAGAGGCUUACGCCUUCUUUGGCGAUGGCGAUCGUACCUUCCAGGAAAACUGGGACCACCAAGCUGUCAAUGAAGAUGUUGACGACGGCGUCAAUGAUAGAGACGGAUCCAGUGGUAGUGAGCUCCGUGAAGUCGCCCCUAUGACAAGUGUGAAAACAGAAGUUCCAGUAACUCACGUUGAGCAAGUUUAGUGAAGCUCGCUCCUCAGAUUAAUUUUUUUUAACGACUUUUACAUUUUUCUCAAAUUUUGGCGAAUUUUUUUUGCCAUGUAAAUUGAGUACCUGUUAAGCUUUAAUACCAGUCUUUUAAAUAAGCUCAUACGCUAUGCUUGGACAGAUGCGAAGUCAAGAGCAAAUCCUAUAUUAUCACUCCAUACUGUCUAUUUAAUUUUAUGAAUUUUCAAACAUACUUUUUGAAUCAAUUGACGGCACGUUUCAGAGCAUCGAUUUUGAUCAAGCUGCUCUCGAAGAGUAAUGUAGCUCCCGGGGUUGUUUGAGAAUUGGUCAUGUUAGUCGGUCGACUAUGGCAAGCUAAGCUCACAUCUUCAAAGUCAUCCCAUAUAGUAACAGCUACUUUCUCUCAGUACGCAUGUACGUUACUAAGUGUGUGAUCCGCACACAUCAUGAAUAAAG